GAGAGCUCGUUCUCAUCACUGAGGACUUUGAGAACCGCAGGACUGCUCAUCAUAAAAUUUACAUUCUGAAAGCAGUCAGCUAUGAAGACUGGACUCACUUUUCUCCUUGUGAUCUCUUCUUUUUGCUUUGCAGCAGAUGCGCUGCAGUGCUACUCAUGCACAUCGUCCAGCAGCAACGCACAAUGUAACCAGAACACAGUGAACUGCACUGGCUUAAGUGACACCUGCAUGACCACUGUAACCCAAGUUGUGGGGAUUCAGAGCAUAACCAAGACUUGCUCUACGGCCUCAACAUGCAACGCUGCAGCCGCCGCCAACAUCAACUUGGUGAUUGGAGCGAACACAGUCACAUGUUGCCAGACAAACCUUUGUAAUGUGAAUGGCUUCGAAAUGAUCCGGCUGAAUGUACUGCUUUUGGCCCUCCCUGCUGCUCUGAUGGCCCUGAGCUUCGGCAUAUCCUAACUGCCAUACUACUCAGGAGGGAAUGUGUAUCACUUGUGAUCGAUAAGUAAAAAUAAAGAAGGCAAAGUUUU